UAAUCGUUUUGUUUACAGAUUGAAAUACAAAACAAAAUGAAAUCGAUACACAACGUCAUCGACAUGCUUACUGGAAUUAUCGGUGACAAAGCUACUGUUGACGAUCUUAAAAGCAAGUUUAAGCUAGAAAUUAACAAACGUUCGAGAAGUCCCAAGGAAGACUUUCCGAAAGGAAAGUCAGAGUCGCCCGACAGAUCGUCAGUGUCUGAUUCUGACAAGGAGUCCAAACUCGAAAGGGAAUUGAAAGAACGAAAGUCUCCCGAAGAUGCGAAACCUAUGUACAAUCUCGUGCAUUACGAUCCAGAAAUGCAUUGGUGUAAAGUCUGCGAUAUAUUUCCUAAAACGGCAAAGGAAUAUUUGAAUCAUCUGCAUAGCAAUGAGCACAAAGAAGCUUGUUUAGAACGGAAGAUAGUUGAUAUGCCAUGGCAUGAGCGGAAUGGAGAGGGAACGGAAAAGGAAGUGCCCUAUUAUCCUGGACUGCCAACGAAAAGAACACCGAUUAAAGGCCUGCAGUUCUUCAGCGCUGCGACAGCGUGGUACUGUAAGCUUUGCGACUCCUGGAUAGGCGAUCUUCAUUGUGCGAGUUUGCACCUGAAAUCUAAGCAGCAUUCCGAAAAUUAUUCCAGUUUCGUCGAACAGAAUCCACAUUGGGAGACCGAUUGGAUGGCAGACCGUGAGAAAGCAUUCUCCGAGGACAAGCACAAACAGAUCCAAAUGGAGUUGCAAAAGCAUAAAGACGAUGACCCACCGACGAAGUCGAAGAAGUCGAAGAAGAGCAAAAAGAAGUCGAAGAAGUCGAAGAAACGAAGAAACAGAAGCAGUGGUAGCGACACUACGAGCGAUUCCGAUAAUUCGGAUACGGAUUCCGAUCAAGACAUGUCCAAGAGUAUACGUGUCGCUAUGCGAAACAAAAUGAAAGCGUCUACCCAGGCAAUCCUCAACGAGGAGAUAGACUAUCACCGAAUAAAGUUGAAGGGUCACUGGUCGAAGGUGAACCAACAUAUGAAUCAACCACCAACGCCAGAACAGCAGACGACAGAAACCGACGACAGACAAUUGCUAAAUUCAAUUAGGGACAAACUGAAAGCUAAACAGGAGGAGGAAAUGAAGUCUUUGAGUAAUUGCAGAUUAAGUCAAGAGAAGAUUGUCGAGGAAGAAGAGGACCAAGAACAGACUCCUUUUGCAAAUAAAAUGAAGUCAGAAAGUUUAGAGGCAUGGGGUCCGAAAGAGCCGCCAAAGCCGUUCUGGAUAAAGAAGGAAGAGGAGAAACCGCAACCUAUGGCAAACAAGCCUAUCGAGCUUCCGAAACCGGAGGAGAUGCCCAAACCUCACAUGGGAUUUUGGACGAAGCAACAGGUCAACAUGUCCGUGAAACCCCCCGAGAACAAGUCUUUAGACAAGGAAGACGAUAGAGACCGAGAGAACGACAGAUACAAAGAGGAUCGUGAGAGGAAAUACGAACGACGCGAAGACAAAUAUGAUCGUUACAGCAGAUACGACAGAAGACGCGGCCGGGACAGAGAUAGGGAACGUGACAGAGACAGGGAAAGAGAUAGGGAUAGGGACCGUGAAAGGGAUUAUUACGAUGAUCGACGAAAGCGAGACAGCAAUGAAUCGCCACGACGCGAGAGGAAUUGGCGCGACAGUCCAAAGAGAAACUACGAAAAAUACAGCAAAGAUAGAAGAGACGAUAACUCGUCCAACGACGAGUCAAAAUUUGAGAAAAAGACAAACGAAUCCGCCUCUAAGUCUAAGAAGGGUGGUGUGCAAACGAAAAAGUCAACACCUCAGGUAUCAAAAGGCAAGUUGCCUUUCAUCGGCAGAUUGCCGCUGUUCAAGAAGAAAACUGAAGAACCAAAGCUACCCGAAAAGGACAUUACACCUCUACCUUACCAGCAAAGUAAAUUCGAGGACACGCCGAAGGUUCCUAACGAAAUCAUCAAUCCUCCGGGUGUGGUGCAUAUCACGAAACUUGCUACUCCAUUGAACCUCGGUGGUAGUAGCAAUAAUAAUGCAAGCACCAUCGUGCCGAUUCAGGUGAACAAAAAUCAACCGAUGAAAAUAUUGGUAGCUCCGCCGCCACCGGUAUUGAAUGAAGCGAAACCAACGCAGCAGGUGGUUGAUAUGGAAAUCGAGGACCAGACUGAUGAGACCUUGAUAGAGGAACCGAUAAUGGAGCAACAGAAGCAACCACAAACGGUGGCGAAACUACCUUUACCUCCUCAUCCACCGCCACCUUUGAACAGACCGCCGCCAUCUUUUUCAGUUCAGCAAUCGUCGCAACAACAGCAAACGUCGAUGCAAGCCAGACCACAGUUUUCAACGAGUCAACCUCCCCCACCAUUCAUAUCGAAUCCACCACCGUUCGUUCAAAGUCAACCACGGUUCCCCCCUCAUCAACCGGUGCGUCCACCGGUGCAGACCCAUCCUCCAUUCAUGACGAAUCCACCGCCGUUACCAACCGUGGAAAGCGCGACCCAGGAUAUCUCUGAGAUACCAGAACCCACCGAGAAGCGUACGGACCCAAGCAUUCCUUUACCUGAUGAUUUGCAAGAGGCGUUGAACAUCAUCUUCCCUAAGGAGGAAACUGAGACCAAGCAACAAAGUCAGCAAGAAACUAAUAUCAUGUACUCGUCUAUGUAUAGUAUGUUGGGCUGCGUUGGUUACGGGCCAGAGUACAUGGAUCAACCGCCACCGGAGAUAACGCAGGCGGAAGCCGAGGUGGACACACAACCUGGACCAGACGACUUGAAGAUGUUAGGCAUCGACGAAGGAGAUACCAUUCUGUAAAACAUUUUAUGGAAUUUACACGUACAGACUCGAAUAUGUUCACUUUCGACGAGAUCUCGCUACUUCGACACCUUAUUAUGAACCGUUUUUAUCGUGUAUUCGCUCUUCUUUUCUUUAAAGGGGUUCUUAUCCGCAGUGUUAAUCCAUCAUAAACCGACAAUUGUAUUUUACAAGAGGCACAAAACUUGUCAUAACAUUGCAGGAACGCUAAUGCCACGCGGUGAGCAAAUUAGAUGCGCGGGAGACGAGGGAAACAUUUAUACCAUGGAAUAAUUGAUAAGUGUUUUAUUCGUUUAACGCGUAGAAUAAAAUUUCAUUUAGAAUAAGAAAUACGUUACAGAGAAAAGAGCAACUUUUGCCCUAUCCCUGUUACGGUGGCCAUUCUUAGUGCCUCAUGACGCUUUUUCAUUUCUUUACUUCAGAAUUGUCUCGUCGAAUGAGUAGUACCUUACUAGUACUACUAAUGAGUAGUAGUAGUGAAUUUAGUCGGUAAUAUUGUUUUGUAUUGUUAUUAUAUUCAAUAGACGCGUUAACGGGCAUUAUCCAAAAAAACCCCAAUAUGACGUACUACUAUUUUCGACCGAGUUUCAGAUUAUACAACCAGAGUUUUCCAUUGCUUCCUUUCUCACGUUUUGAUCAAGUUAUUUCCAAAAAAUCUAUCACAAUCACUCGGAUAUAAUUCUAUAUGUAUAAUUAUUAAGUUAUUUGUUUACCUGACAGGCACCCAUAAUCGAGUCAAAAUAUUUGUUUAACAAUAAUAAAACGAAAUAAAUUACCGAUACACCAAAUAAUUACAAUUAUUCUCAGAUUCGCUUUUUUUAAAUUUGUUUACAUCCAAUGGAAGACUACUUCCACGCAUCUAAUUUGCAUAUCACGCGAUGCUUAUUUUUCAGAUAACUGUGUUAGUAUUCAUAUAUCGUCAACAUAAAUUUUGUGCAUCCUACUGUAUUUCUCAAUAUGAAAUUCAUAUAAUACAUGUGUUUAAAUUGAACCAUGUAAUUAUGUAAACUAAAUAAGAAGUAGUAAAUGUUUCCCUCCUUGGUUAUUGAUAACAAUUUCGGUAAAUAUUAAUUAUAGAAACAAUCGUUAUAACUAAAGAAAGGACAAAUGUCUUAUGAAUGUUUACUAUUUUUUUAUUGAACACACUGUUUUCAUCCUAGAUUAAUUGAACGGUACAUCACGAUGACCCAGCGCAGAAAGUUGAAUAGCAGUGUUACGCAAUUAUUUUAUAUUGUAUGUGUACACUUUCUCCAUGGAAAAGAAAACUCAAUUUUCAAUCAAGUCCGUAAUUUCGACGACACAUUGUGCUUAAGGGUAUUAUUAUAUUUUAAACGCUGUAUAGACGUGUAAGAAUCGGUUCCUUCGACUGUUGGAAUACGCUUACUUAAAAUUCCAUUGCGAACAGCGUUAAAUGUCGUUUUAAAUCAAAUUUUCAAAUGUAAAUUUUAUUCAUCAGUAGUAUUCCAUUAAUAAAAUGAUGAAAAUCUGAAAAUGUGAAUUCAUAUUAAAAAGCUAUAGGGUAUAACAGAGUAAUUAGUAAAAGUUGAACCUUCUUUUGUAUCGUUUGUUUUAUUUAUUUUUUUCACCCAUUUCUUUAUUUUUUUCGUUCGAAAAUCGCAUUGCUUCGAUCCCACGGUGUAAGAAAGACACCGUGUUCGAUUCUGAAAAUGUGCAACUUCCAUACAGUAUAUAAUCGAAAUACAAAUUCUUUUUUUUCUCGUCAAGCUUAUCGAAUAUCGCAUGGCACAAUACAUAAGCGACAACUAUAUUUUAGGCAUAAAUAACAAUGACUAAUAUUCUCGUUCAGUAUUGUCAUAACAUUUCCUCGAACACGUUGCUUAACAAUUUACCGACGAGACUACCGUGAAAUACAAUUGUAUUUUUCUACGUCACAAUGAAACAAUGGUAUAAGAACAAAUUUUUCGAAUAUGCAUUUUGUGUGUAAGGAUACUUAAGCCACGAGUAAUUUCUACUACGUUUAAUUCUAAACAUUUCUCAAUGAAACAUACAUGAAAUGAAAUGACAUUUGUCUAGACAACGAUUUGUCCAUUUCAUAGUAACUUCCACCCUAAUUAAUUACCGUUUAUUUUAAGUAAUGGUGCUGUUAAUUUCUAAUUAUGGUUUAUACAAAUUGAGGCUUCUGGGUGUAAACCGUGUCCUUUCAAUAAGAUUUUCUAACGUUUCGCCAGCUUUGUAACUUUAUUCUCUCAUAAGAUAUUGAAUGAGUACAAUUUAUGCAAAACACUCUGUAUAUUAAUGCAUCAUUUGAUCCCUGAAGAAAUCAAUUGUAAAGCUAACAAAACGUUAGAGUAACUUAUCCAAAGGACACGAUUUACACCUAAAAGCCACGGUUAAUAUCAACCAUCAAACGUGAAGAACUGAGCCGUGAAAGCCUCAAAUAUAUCUAAUUGUACACUA